CUCUUCUCUAGUCCAAAUUGUAAAUGUUUUUCGCUUCCAAGACUUCGAUCAGCUUCUUAACUUGUCAAACUCUUCUUCGUCGAGCAAAUCAUCACGUAGAAUGGCGCAUGUCUCGGUGAGAUCGAAGCUUAUCUGCAGCAACGAGGGAUUAUCGUUCGGCGAGUAUUCGAGAGACCAAUUUCGUCACAUGGCCGCUGGAUCGCCGUUGAUUCGUGUGCGCAGGAGCCGAUUAAAGCUCGACUUGUUUCGUGCGAGAGUUUCUUCGCCUUACUCGUUUUUUCCAAACAGAAAGAAAACUAGGGAUCUUGAUAACGCUGAGAAGAAUCUCGUUAGCGAAGAGGACGCAGAUGAUUGGAACUUGUACGGAGAUGAGAGUGAGUUAGAGACGGAUGAUCUAUCUUGCUUCAGAGGCUUGGUUCUUGAUAUUUCAUACAGGCCGGUGAAUGUUGUUUGCUGGAAGCGUGCAAUCUGUCUGGAAUACAUGGAUAAGGCCGAUGUUCUGGAGUAUUAUGAUCAGACUGUUAAUUCUCCUACUGGUUCAUUCUACAUACCUGCUGUCUUAAGGGUUCCACAUCUGCUUCAGGUUGUUAAAAGAAGAAGAGUGAAAAAUUCACUGAGUCGUAAAAACAUUCUACUACGAGACGACUACACUUGUCAAUAUUGUUCUUCCCGUGAAAACUUGACCAUUGAUCAUGUUAUCCCCAUUUCUCGAGGUGGAGAAUGGACUUGGCAAAAUCUGGUAGCUGCAUGUUCAAGAUGCAACUCAAAGAAAGGUCAGAAGACAGUAGAAGAAGCACACAUGAAGUUACUCAAGUCUCCAAAGGAACCAAAAGACUAUGACAUUGUUGCCAUACCCUUAACAAAUGCAGCUAUAAGGAUGUUGAGAUCGAGUAAGGGAAUGCCAGAAGAAUGGCGUCAGUAUCUGGCAAAACCCUCACACGAGCCAUAGCAGUUUCUCUCAGGAAUCGAUGGUUAAAGCGGUCCAAUCUCGUAAAUACAGAAAGCAGUGGCUGGAUUGCAUUUGUAGAUUCAUCUAAUGUAGCUUCAAAAGUUCAGGUGGUUGUGGUUAAGUGUGGAUCAGAUGUAUAUGAUACGUAAAUAAUGACAUCAUGUUCAAGCAUAGAUAAAUAAUCAUAAUUCAACUAUAUAUUUAUCCACAAA